AAAGUGAAACAACAUCUGUUUAUAUACCAACGUCAACAGCAUAUGUUGACAUUUAAAGCUCACACAUUUACAGUUAAGAACCAACUUGGUACAUAUCAACAUCAUACAUACAUCGUCUGAUCUAGCCGCUGAAAGAUGGCAGAUAGUAAAAAACGAAAAAGGAGUCUGGACGACAUCAAACCCAGAAAGAAAAAAAAAGAAACAAAGACUCUGAAGGACCACGCAAGUGAGAAGAAAGAAACAAAGACUCUGUACCACCACACAACUAGGGAAGCAGCUCGGCAAAUAUUGAAAACAGGUCAAAUAAAGGAAUCGACUGAUAGGGAAAAGGAUGCCGCAUAUGGUCCAGGUACCUACUUGACCGGUUUGGGUCCAGGUAGAAGCCGGAGCGAAAUAGCGAGGAAUAACUUCGACGGAUACAAAAAUCGUUUAGCAGAUCAAAAGAUGAAGGAGGGCAAGACGGAAGUGGCUAUAGCAGUUGACGUACCCAAAAAUCAGUUUUUCAAGGCGAAGUCGGAUCGUAACAUUUAUGUUGCAAAGGGAGAUGUCUCAAUUGAAGACAAGAAUCCCAGUGUUUAUGUCCGAGAUAAAAGCGGAAAGGCUAGGUUGUACAAACCCAAAAAGUAACCUUAUCCCUCACUGCUCUUAAUGAAGUAUUUCUUAUGCAUUUUGAAAUACAUGAUUCAUUAUGAUUCGCAACUUUUAAAUUCGUGUCGUAAUAAUUACAAAUAUUUCCUUUCAAAGUAUUUCAUUUCUUUAAUAAAAUAUAUCCCUGAACUUGA